UCUGGUUAGCCCUGGUUCACGUUACUUGGAGAACACUAAAGAAAAGGAGGAAAAGUAGCCGCUACCUAGAAGGAUAUAAGUUGUUUUUUUUUUAAAUUCAGGAUAUUCCACCUAAAGAAAACCCCGAAACCUGAGAAGGCGAUUAAAGGAGUAAUUUAUCCGUCCGACAUCACCAGCUCUAAUCCAGAGGCUGUGGAAUGUUGUUGUCUACAGGUGCCUUGUUUUCAACCUGGUAGUAGUGACUGCCACGGGGCAGUCGUCGUCCCAUGAGCUUUGUGCCAGCCUGACGUGAGUGCUGUGGGCCCGGGCCUGUUUUCUCUGGAUCAGUGCGCGUUCAGCACUGCAGUGAUGGAUCACCCCAGAGAUAAAGAAGGCGAGAGGCCGGCGAGGAGCAGCAAAGUGGCCCAGGGACGUAGCGGGCACUCGCGGCCUUCCAGCUCCUCCACAUCCUCCGGCGUCCUCAUGGUGGGACCAAACUUCCGAGUGGGCAAGAAGAUCGGCUGUGGAAAUUUCGGGGAACUCAAACUCGGAAAGAACCUCUACACAAACGAGUAUGUUGCUAUCAAAUUGGAACCUGUGAAAUCCAGAGCCCCACAGCUCCAUUUGGAAUACCGGUUUUACAAAACCUUAGGGAGCACAGCGGAAGGCCUGCCCCAGGUGUACUAUUUUGGGCCGUGCGGGAAAUACAAUGCCAUGGUGCUGGAGCUGCUCGGCCCCAGUCUGGAGGACCUCUUCGACCUCUGUGACCGCACCUUCUCCCUCAAGACGGUCUUAAUGAUUGCCAUUCAGCUGAUCUCCCGCAUGGAGUACGUGCACUCCAAGAACCUCAUCUACAGGGAUGUGAAGCCAGAGAACUUUCUUAUCGGACGGCAAGGGAACAAAAAGGAGCACAUAAUUCACAUCAUUGACUUUGGCUUGGCCAAAGAAUACAUCGAUCCUGAAACCAAAAAACACAUUCCUUACCGGGAGCACAAAAGCCUCACUGGCACAGCACGAUACAUGUCCAUAAAUACGCACUUGGGGAAGGAGCAAAGUCGACGGGAUGACCUUGAAGCCUUAGGUCACAUGUUCAUGUACUUCCUCCGUGGCAGCCUUCCAUGGCAGGGACUAAAGGCUGACACGUUAAAAGAGAGAUAUCAAAAAAUCGGAGAUACAAAACGGAACACGCCCAUUGAAGUUCUCUGUGAGAACUUUCCAGAGGAGAUGGCUACGUAUCUGCGCUACGUACGGCGGUUGGAUUUCUUCGAAAAGCCUGACUAUGAAUACUUGAGGACCCUGUUCACUGAGCUGUUUGAACGCAAAGGAUAUACGUUUGAUUACACAUACGACUGGGUCGGCAGGCAGAUUCCCACACCGGUUGGGUCCGUGCACGUUGACUCCGGCGCGUCAGCCGUGACACGUGAGAGCCACACACACAGAGACAGACCUUCUCAGCACCAACCUCUAAGGAACCAGACGGCCUCCUCCGACCGCAGAGGGGCAUGGGAGGUGCAGCCCAACCGGCAGGCCAACUCCUACCUGACCUCCCACCUGGCGUCGGACAGGCAUGGAGGCUCAGUGCAGGUGGUGAGCUCGACUAACGGCGAACUGAACGCAGACGACCCGCUGGCGGUCCAAUCCAACGCUCCGAUCACAGUGCAGGCGGAGGUGGAAGUGGUGGACGAGGCUAAGUGCUGCUGCUUCUUCAAGAGGAAGAGGAAAAAGAACACCGCUCGGCACAAAUGAUCCGUCACCCGCUCCACCCGGCCCGUUUUAAGAACGCUCAGUAAAGAAAUUUUAUUCAAAAAGACGACAGCAAUGCCCUCAAAACGAAUCGCCUCAAAGGGAGGGACCCGCCUGUGUGAGAAAACAGAGACGCGCACGUAAUAGAGUGCAGCACGGAUGCAGGGCUGACGGACGGUUUCCUUGUAUCGGAAUACACACACAAACACAAACACACUCAUUUGGAUCUCUAAGCACUGGAACAUCAUUGCACUCCUUUUGUUUUUGUCUGUCUUUUCGUUCUUUCUUUCUUUCUUUCUUUUGGGGCCCCCUCUCCAUCCGUCUGCUGAGAGAGACGGCUCUGUGAGGGAGCCAUCCCGCGUUCUGCAGCUCGAGAGAGGGUUUGGAGGGAGUUUCACUUCACUCAAACAGAGGGACUUCAUCCACACUGGAGUUCAUCUACGUACCGAUCUGAUCCUUUGCACCGCCUGCUAGCUUUCACUUCUUCUUCUUCUUCUGUAUUCCUUCGUAUUUUCUGCUCCUCCUGACUGUGCGGUCGAAGCCUUAGAAAUUUUGCUCGCGGAGUUCUUGUAUCACUUGGACCGAAUCGGCGUAAAAACGAAAGAAACAAAAAAGCUAACUGUCUUAACGUAACGUAAAGCUAACAGGCGUUUCCGUGUGGACUCUGUAAAUGUGUGAAAUAAGCAGCCAAGUGUAAAGUGACAGCGUUGUAUUCAUGGCCUUCGACCCUCGUGCUGAUGCGACGCGACGCGACGCGAUGCGAUACCCGGCUCUGGACGAAGAGAGCGUCGAGCUCUGACGACCGAGAGCCUCAGCACACUCCCCAGUUCUACUGAAUGCUAUCUAAGCUGCUUGUUCUAAAGCACUCCACUCACUCCGACCUGCCAGUCAGCCAGCCAGCCAGCCAACCAUGCUGCUUUCUCCUCUUGUGAUGAUAUAGUAUCGCUUUAACGUGAAACUGACUUUUCUAUUAGCUGGGAUUGUGAACUUGAACUCGCCAGUGAGACGCUCCGUGGUUCUCUUUGUAUCAAACCUGAUCACUGCGUUUAUUUUAUUUUUUUUUUAUUUUCCCACGUAAUCAUCUUAUUUUUCCAGAACUCAGUCCCUGGUUUGAAUGUGGCAUUUCUUGGUUUCUUGUAAGGUUUUUUUUUUUAACAACUAUGAUGAUGAUGAUGAUUAUUAUUAUUAUUAUUAUUAUAAUUUAUUAUUAUUAUUAUUACGCCAUAUAAAUGGAAAUGAUUGCCGAAGAGAAUAAUUAUUUAAUGUGCCAGGGUGGAAUCUAGUCAGUCUGUGUGUGACUGAACAUACUUUUUACGUCCCUAUAGUAUGUAUUUCUUCGCACCACGCGUUUAUAUGUUUAUCUGAACAGAGUGUCAGAAUGGUGUAACGGUUAAUAGGAAGCUUGCUAACAUUCGUGACGUGUAAUAAUGGCUGUUUAUGAAGUGUUUCCUUGCCUCGUAGCAGUUUCAGUGGGUAUUCACGAUCAGUGUCCGAUCCGGUUGUUUAUUAUAAUUAUUAUUAUUAUUAUUAUUAAUUUUUUUUUUUUUGAAGGGAACAUGCAAACUGAUGAUGGUAACUCGAGUGCUGUCUUCGAAAGACACUCAAACUGCCACUGCUAAAUCUCUCCUCUUAAUGCCUUAACUAACACUACACAGCGGACAGAGCCGUUUCACGCGCUUCUGCGUCAAAACACUACACAACUCUUCUCUUGCCUUCGGUUAGCGUAGUACUGUCAGGCCUCUUGCGCUAAAACUCCCUAAACAGCCGGAUCCAAAAGAAACCGACUCGAAAACCGAACCCUAUCAAGAUUUCGUGACUGUUGUAAAUUGCUUGGUGUCAUGUCGUCUUUUUUUUUUUUUUUUUUCCUCCUCCUGUUCGCUCACGAAGCAGUCCGAAAGCGGCUCCGUCCCAGGUAGGCCCGUGAUCUCCGAGAUAUAAGAUGAGGUCCAUUUAAAAUCGUGAUUUUAGUAUCUAGCUUCGGUUCUGGAGAGCUUGAACACACCUGGUUUAACGUGUGUAAGUAUGUCGUGUUGCUCUGAAUCAGGUUUGUAAGACAGUGAGGUGCUCCAGAAAUGGAGUUAGACAAUCAUGCCAUCGAUUAAAUGUUCCUAAGGUGGUGGCGGUUUUUGGUUGCAGAAAGUUGGUCUUGAAGGAACUGCAGUUUGAUCUUAGUGAUGCUGUUUCCUUUUUUUUUUUUCCCCCUCCACUGAUCGCCUGUGUCCACAGGAAAAUCCACUGGUUUUGUGAUUUUUUUUUUUUUUAAUUGUAUGUUAAAUGUGAAUUGAAAAGUAUAAGAAAUGAUAUAACUUAUAUAUAUUAUAUAUUUGUUGUUUUUGGUUUUUCAUUACCUGGCCAUAAAGAAUUUGAGGAGACAGACAGACUGAUGGACAGAGAGACACGGACGGAUGGAUAGACAGAGGUAGAGGGACAGAUGGACGGACAGGCAGAGGGAGAGAGACAGACGGAUAGACCGAGAGAGGGACGGAGAGUUGGGCAGAGAGAGAUGGAUGGACGGCGAGAGGGAAAGAGACAGACGGAUAGAUAGAUCAAGAGGGAGAGAGACAGACAGAUGGCUAGACAGACAGAAGCCAUGGAAAAAAUGCGACUGCACUAGACUUUCACUCCCUUCCUCUUCUGUUGCUGUUUUAACGUUUCUUUAGCCAGUGUGAGAAAUUAUGAAAAGCUCACUCGUGAGCUUUGACCCGACCACUAUUGUUUCUCGAAAGUUCUGGUCAAGUAGCAGAAAAAGAAAUCCAGAGAUGGGAAGCCCGCCAGGCACGAUGAGGUGAAGGUGACCGGUUUUAAAUGAUCCAAACGAACAGUUCGGACCAAAAGAACAAUAAGGAUGACCUCGAACUAGAUCGUCUGAUUCCGUUGCUUGCUUGCUUGAUGAUUACUUGAUGAUUAACUUCAUGAUUAAGGCUAUGUAUAGUUCAGAAAUAAUUCGCACGAAAGCAUUCAUCAUUCAUAUCCUCUGGUUUCUCGAAUAAUGCCGUGAUGAUGAGUGAAAUUCCUGCCGGGUGAACCCGACGUCCUUGCGGCUGAGAAACGGCUGUCACUCGGUGUUUGUGGGAACAGUGGAUCACGGACGGGCGGCUCGCCGCUGAACCAGCGUGGAUGCAACAUGCUAUGUUAUGAGCAAUAUUUCAGAAGCUUUGCUUUAUCAAGACUUUUUUUUUUUUUUUUAAAUCUCACUCAUCCUGUGUCUCUCCAGUCACUUCAGUUCUAAGUUAUUUUGUGGAAAGUACUUGAAUCCCGUUCACUCUCGGAAAUCCAGUUGCCGAAUCUCUCCUGGUGUCUGAGGAGAGGUUUCUUGCGAGCUUUUUUUUUUUCAGUUAAACUUUUUGCAUAUUGCAUGCCUCCAGACGAAUGUUUGGUGGGAGUGGGGUUUUUGUUUGUAUUUUUUGGACGGGUGCUGCUUGCUGCUGUCAGGUGUUCCCGUGUGCUCGCUUAAGGGAGAACGACUUGCACAAGAAGACAAGUCUGUACACUUAUUCUCCUUCUAUCCCACGCUCUUUCAUUCCCUUUUGCCAGGUUUCAGAAUUUCUGGUAGUAGUGACGUGUCUGUAGGCUGCACAUGCUACAUUGCUAGUUUUGCCCAGAUGUGGGGUCAGUGUUAUUAAAUGUGAAGUUUAGAUUUGGGUUAAAAGAUCCAGGCGAGCAGAUUUGAAGCUUGGUUUCUAUGGUGAUCGUGGUUUUUUUUGGUAAAAAUCAAGAUGGGUGGAAUUGAGGCAGGGCCAAUGGAAAAUGUUUGAGUAGGCAAAGGGAGCCAUCUGCUGACCAUUUUUACCAAAAAGCAUUCGCUCUUUCUUUCGUUCAACACUAAACACUGAAAUCCUUGACGUUUUGCGUACGUUGUUCCUUUUCACCGGAGUCUUGGUUGAAGCCGGCGUAAAGACGACGACGACGACGAUGACUAGCCGAUUUCAAAACAUCUUUCCAAGUUUGGAAAGCAGCCGGUUUUCGUACUAAUCAUAUUUUCCAAAAUAAAGGUGGUGAAUACGGUUUCUUUAUCCUAACAAUACGGUCAAUAAUAACAACCCUGUGCUCUAUGGAUGUCUUAAUAGCUGUUACUUUUACAUCAAUCAAGUAGAAACAUCCCUUAUAGGGUUCAAAUGACGGGUUUUAAAGACAAAAAGUCGCCUCGUUAGGUCGAGGGUUCAGCAUUUCUGCAGUUUCUCCAACGCAUGGCUUCGAAUAAGACCGCAAUGGUCAAUACUUCGAGAUGGGACUUUAUCUGAUGUACAGUCCGGGCAUGAACUUUCUCCACUUUCUGUUCAAUCGCAAUCAUAAAGCUUUGUAACAUCUGCACUCAGCUUUGGUGCUGCAAGUAUUUUCUAGUUCAGCGUUCUUUUAUUCGGAUCGCCAUUGCUGUCAGUCAUCAGUGUGAAGAUUUAAUGUGAACAAAUUCAUAGAUCUGCUUCCGGCACAUUCGUUGGUUUAACAAAGUUCAGAUUGAACAGAACAGCGCUACGAUAUUCCAGUUAUCGUCCAUAUUUUAUCACUACAAUUUUUUUUCCCCUCUCAGUGUUUCGUAAACGAUUCUUCGCAACACAAGUGAUUUUUUUCUUUCUUUUUCUUUCCAAGUAAUGAAAAUUUGACUUGUACAGUACUGUAAUUCCCUUUCUGCUUCUGGUCAUUAAAAAAAAAAAAUCCUCACGCA